CAGAAAGUCUGAAAGUUCUCGGUUGUUUCAGUGGGUCAGCAGCAGAUGAACAUGCAGAGAACUUUCCAGAGGAACAUCUCAGAGGAACAUCCUUGGGAGGCUAAACAUCUGGAAACACCGAGGAGAGUAAAACUCCAUUAAGAAGACAUCAAGAGGCCAUCAGGAGACCAUCAGUCUUCGAAUCUUUGUUAGUCCUGGGAUUUUUCCCAGAAGGCUCUGUUUUGGACGUCUCCGCCAGGUGGAAGAGGAUGGGAGCAGCUGUCUGUAAGGAGGAGGUGAAGGAAGAGAAGAGGAGGAGCAUAGGGAGGGAGGACAGCCUGACGUCGGCCGACAGAAUCCGACGAUUCACCGUCAAACAGUUUGGAUACAACGUCUUGAUUCUGGCUCGCAGAGGACUGAAGGAGGCGCCGGAAGAGCUGUGGGAGCUGCUGGAUGUGGAGAAGUUGAACCUUUCCCUAAACAGUCUGAGGUUCCUCCCCCCUCAGCUGGCUCUGCUCUCCAACCUGGUGGUCCUCAACCUGUGGGGCAACCAGCUAAGCAGCCUGCCGGCGGAGAUCGGACAGCUGAGGAGACUUCGCGUUUUGUUUGCCUACAGAAACAAACUGAGUGAGAUUCCUGAAGAGCUCGGAGCCUGUACACAGCUGGAGGUUCUCAGUCUGGCUAACAACCAGCUGUCCUCUCUCCCGGCUUCGCUCUCCAACCUGAGCCGCCUCCGCAAACUGAACCUCAGCCACAACCUCAUCGCUCACCUCCCGGCCUGCGUCUACAGCAUGAAGGCUCUGGUGUUUCUCCAUCUGGCCUGUAACCGACUGGACAGCCUGGCGGAGAACAUACAGGCUCUGGUGGAACUCAAGAUCCUCAUCGUGGAGGGAAACAGCCUCCACACACUGCCCAAGGGUCUCUGCUGCCUCACCAGGUUGGAACUGCUGAAUCUGGACUUUAACGACAUCAAGGAUGUUCCUCAGGAGCUGCACUACCUGUCGCGGUUGGAGAGGUUAGCCUGCCAUCCUCUGGACAAAGGACUCCACAUUGUCCACAACCCGCUGCUCAAACCCAUCAAGGAGGUUCUGGAGGGCGGACUGACCGCGCUCUAUAACUACCUGAGGGCGACUUAGACCAAGGGGGCGGAGCUUUAUGUGCCUGUAGACGGCUUAGAACAAGGGAUGGAGCUUCACUAACUGAGGCCUAAGCGGGGGAAGGCCGAGGAUGACCUACAGCUAGUGGGUGAAGCUUCCUCCAUCAGGCAUCUGCAACUCUGAGAAUCGAGGGCUGAUGUCCUGUUUUUGCUCUGUCCCUGCUUCAGCGCUCCUCAGUCUGUUGUUGAAUUCAUCGUCCAGCUUGUAAAAAGCCCUACAUCAAGCCCCUGAUUGCAAUCAGCUUUGCUGCAACUGGGAGAGACCUAAAACAUGCAAGAAGAUGGUCCUCAAGGCCUUGAGUUGAAGAUCCCUGGCCAACAUGGAGACUAUUCAGAACAAGAGGGUGGGGCUUCAAGCACAUAUUAUCUGUACAGAAUAAGCAAUGGGGUUGUUUUAACUACCUGAAG